AUGGCAUCUUCUUCGACCAAAUUGACUCUGAAAUUGCUUAUCGACUCAAAGGGCGAGAAGGUGCUGUUCGCAGAAGCAUCAAAACCGGUCGUAGACUUUUUCUUGAACUUGCUCUGCUUGCCCAUUGCUACUGUCAUAAGGAUUCUCAAAAAGAAUCGAAUGGUUGGCUCCAUAGCCAAUCUGUAUCAAAGUGUUGAAAAUCUGGAUGAAACGUACAUGCAAACAGAGCAACAUAAGGAUCUGCUGUUGAAGACAAGUGCCCCCGUUUCUUCACAAAUCUCAGGCCUUCUUCCUUCAAUCAAUGACACUUCUUUUAACACCUCCACCAAUGUGUUCUACAAGUGUCCAAAUCACUCUGGUUACGUCACAUGUGAUAGGAGCACUCGUUGUCCUCAUUGUGGGAACACUAUGACCAGGGAAAUGCAGCUUGUUGGUGAAAAGGUUGCAAAUGUUCAAAAUUCUGCCGACAAGAGUGGUUUUGUGAGAGAGGUAGUAACUUACAUGGUGAUGGAUGAUUUAGUGAUUCAGCCCAUGUCAAGCAUAUCAAGCAUUACUUUACUUAACAAAUUCAACAUCAAAGAGGUGGGUGCAUUGCAAGAAAAGGUGGUCGAGUUAGACAUGAACAAGGGUGUCGAUCUUCUAAAGGCUUCUCUGCAGUCGAAGACGGUUUUGACAGAUAUUUUUCUCAAGAAGAAAUCGUAUUUUGACAUAGGGUUUCACACACAGUGCGAUUAA